AAAUUGUAAAUAACAUUGUGAGUGGUUUGAACAGUGUGGUUCACAAGUAUUUCGCAAUCGACGUUGUGAAAAGGUAGUAGUCUGAUUAUUUCCAGCUGAAAAUAUGGCCAAACAAUAUUCGUUAUCCGACAUAAAGACCCACAACGACAACAAGAGCACCUGGAUAGUUAUUCAUAAUAACGUCUAUGAUGUGACGAAUUUUUUGAAUGAGCAUCCUGGAGGUGAGGAAGUGCUGCUAAACAAUGCUGGCAAGGAAGCCAGUGAAAACUUCGAACUCAUAGGCCACUCUAGCGAUGCAAGGGAAUUGAUGGUAAAAUACAAAAUUGGAGAAUUAGUGGAGUCUGAUCGCAAACCAGUCGAAACAAAGAUCAUUGACUGGGAAAUGUACAAAUCUACCAACAAAACAGCUUCAUCCUCAUCACCGAGCUCUCUCAAUUCAUGGUUAAUCACAUUAUCGCUGGGACUCGUGGCCACUAUUGUGUACCGUAUCUUUCUCCAAGCUUAGGUGAAGUGAUCGAAGUUUCUGAGGACAAUUAUUAUUACAGAAAUUCAUUUGAUAGAUAGAGUUCAUCUAUGAAUUUUAUAAUAUGCCGCUUGAAAUUUAUUAAAAUGUUUCUAUUGAAAUCAAGCUGUUCAAACUGGGUCGAAAUAAAUUAAAUUUUAG